AUGAGCAGCGUUUGGAAGGUUCUUGUCCGGCUUCACAACAUCGUGAAUAUUCCCCGGGAUGUCUGCGCCGAGGACGGAUUUGAUGACGCACGUGUCUUCUUCGUCGUCGCGCGGGCGGUGUCUGGCGGUGGCAUUUUUUUCACCAACUGCCCGGAGGUAACCGCGAAGUUUACGACGCGGGACAUCGCGCGGACGUCUGCUGGCGAUGUCUUGGAGGUCAAAUUUGACGGCCGUGACGAGCGUUGCGCCGCUGAGUGGUCGACCUCCGCCCCAACACUUGAGCUGAUCCUGCUAGUGAGGGAGCAGCUGCAAAACUCCGUGCGCGUUGUCGGGUCAAACGCGACAAAUCUCGUGAUUAACAUUGCCGAUGUGGUGCAGCGGCGGAAGCUCGUGACACACCUCGUGGGGACGGGGAUGGGUCAGGUGGGCGUCUCGCUCGCUGUGACACCGUCCGACAUUGCCGGCUACCGGCGACGCCUCACGGAGUUCCUCGCGCAGUACAACCCGGGUGGGCUGCAGCUGGUGGACGGUGUCGUGCGCAGCAUUCCGGAGGUGGACACUUUCACAAAGUUGUAUAGAAAGUACGGUCUUAUAGACUACGAGCGGCGCAUCCGGGACUUUUUCCGCGUGUACGGGCGGGAGCACGCGACUCGGAUUCCGUCGCUCCUGCAGGAGUGGGAGAAUCGUGAGGAGGAGUUGUUGCACAGCCUUGUGAUUGACAACGGGCCGGAGCCAGACACCAUUGACACGGAGACACGUCUGGCGGCCUUCUUGAAGGCACACAACUUGAGCGCCGCCACGCCGGAUGUAGCACGUGCUGUGCGUGAGUUUGGGGAGGCGCCGCGUAAACUGUUUGAGGCAUUGACAAUGAGGUACGGUCCAGAACCGGACCCGCGCGGUUACUUGUUUCCACCAACACAGUACGAGUCGCCACGGAAUCCGCGCCAAACACGCCGACGCGAGGUGGAGCCGUUCGCCUCAGCAGUGGAAAAGAAGUUGUCGCCGCUUAGAGGAACAUUGUCAAGUGGGAGUGCACAACAACCGGUGGAGGAAACAUGGUCACCACAGCAGCGGACUUCCCCCGUUAUUGAGAGCGUGUCUCAUGUUGGUCCCACGUUCACUGCAGACACCGCCUCCAAUGCAGGGUGGAACCACAGUUACAGCAAGGAGGAGAGCGGGAAGAGUCUUGACUACGACAGCAGCGGGGACGCCUUGUGGGUUGCGUUCUGUGAGGCUCUGCGGCGUCAUGGGCAGCGACCGUCAGACGUGUACUACAUGAACAAGGCAGCGUUUAACGCCGCCGUGGAAAAGAUGGGCUACACCAAUCGAGAGCGUGAGGUACUCAGUCACCAUUGGGAACAACGCCUGCGUGCUGCCGUACGAGAAGAGAAUUUGACUUUCAGCGAUCCGUACUGCGACACAGUCAGAAGCGAGGUACUCAACCUGGUUGGACUGCAGGAACUCAAUCUGGAGGUGGUGGCGGUGACAACGGUGGCAAACAGCGAACAUGCCAGUUGCUUUGCCAGCAGACUCUCUGCGGCACAUCAGCGUACAACUGAGCGGCUUGCCAUUGUUGGUGAAUGCCAUCGGCUGCGUGACAUUGUCGUACGGGGCGUUGGCGGCGAUACUGUUGGGGAACCCCUACCCAGAGAGAACCCAUGCGCUGUGUUUUACCGUCGCCCAUUUCAAAACUGGAACCGUAGACAGGCCACCACUAUCCUUGUCUGUGAUGUGGUCAUUGGCAGGCCUUUUGUCUGCCCACCGCAAGAAAAAACGAUGUGUGCGGGGACGGCAGACUUCUUAAAGGAGUGGGAUUGUUGUGUGUUUCACGAUUCUGGCGGCGGACAGGCGGUGGCAGUGUACGAUCCGAAGCAGGUGUUGCCUCGUUACAUGGUGCAGUGUCACGUGGAUGUCACCAUCACGCCAUGUCAGGCACAUCCGUCGCGGGCUGUGGAGUACUACGCGGUGGAAAAAAAAGCAUUUGUGUGCAGUCGCUGCGUCGUAUUGGGCGCCUACCGUCAGGAGGAGGUGCUUGCGAUUGAAGACGCGGCUGUGCAGGCACGUUUACGACUAUCAGACUAUAGGCGUGACGUGCAUCAGCUUGUAGCGGAUCUUGCAGUCCGCGAGACUGAGCUUAGCCGCGAGCUAGAUGAGAUGAGGACGGCACCAAAGCGUCUUGAGGUGGAACGGGAAGUAGAACGGAUUCGGCGCGAGGCGGAGGAGCGUGUUGCGGCUAUUCUGCGGGCCAUGGAGCAGUCAGACGUUGAGCAGCGCAGUGACCUUCAACUGCGCCAGAAGUGCGUCUUGAGGGUUAAGGAGGCGGCCGGCGUACUUGACGAAGCCCUCACGGCGGCUUUGCAACACACCAACCCGCUGCAGUUGGUGGGGGCGCUGCAGCACAUGCAAGCGGAGGAAGAGGUGCAGUAUCUGAGAAGCGAGCUUCAAAGGAGCUGCAACAGACUUACUGACACGGACAGUAGCGGGGCGAAGGUGUUUGCCACUCAGGCGGUGGGAUCACCAGUAGCAAUACGGCAAUACUGCGAUGCCACUACUACCGCUUCAGCCGCGGACACUCGAACACGCGCUGUUUUUGACCACAACGAUAACCAACAGAAAAAGGGCAUUGACCCCAGCGUGAAUAGCCACCAUAGCCACAUGUAUUCCAGUAGCAGCAGUGCGGUCCUGCCGAGUCAUCCUACAAAGCUACAGCAAUCACCAAUGAAUGUCACGAGGAACAGUCUGUACGCCAAGUAUAUUGCCAUCGCCUCAGGUGCAGGAAAAGAAGAGGGCGAAGAAAACGUGGAGGCGAAGGAGGAGACCUCAAGACCUCAACUCAUGAUUUUAAACGUCAAUAACAAGAAAGAGAAAGGUGGCAAAGGCUGCGAUGUUAUUCGCGCAAUGGGCGCGUCCCCGGGUGACGUCGUUCGACGCGCGAAGGAGGCAGUUACAAAAGGUUGGGCCUUGUAUCGUCAAGGUGACGCUGAAGGGGCCCGGUGCGUGUGGAAUGACGUGCACGAGCGCCAUUUGGAUAGCGCUGUAGGGGCUCGUGCGCGGGCCUACAUUUUGGAGGCGUUGGACCGGGACUACGAGGCAGCAGCCGCGUGGUACGAUGUGUCACUGAAGCGUGAUCCGUCUGAUGUGAUGACGCUGUACAACUACGGUGUGCUGCUUGAGACACUUCUCGGCCAGCGAGAAGAGGCGCUGAUGCUGUUUGAGCGGGCGCACGCACUCGGUGAUGGCGCAGCUGGUCGGCGUGCACAGCAACUUCGUGUCUCACUAGGGAAGGCGUGA